AUGACUGAACGAAUAUCGAGUCACAAUAGCAUUUAUUCAUCAUGUUCAUCAGUUCAUCAAAUGAUUCGAAGAUUUAAUAUACUUGGAACAGUAAAUGAUUCUUCAUCUGUAUCAGCCCAAUUAAAACAUAGUGCAUAUUCAUUAUCAUCAGUAAGUUUAACAGGUAAAUCAAGGAUGAGUAAAUGUGGUUUAAGUCCAAAUGAAAUUGGACAAGAAAAGAAAUCAUCAAAUGAUACAUUAAUUAUACCAAAACUAUCAACAGCAUCAACUCAUGUUCAAUCUAAUCAAAAACAAUACAGAGUUUCAAAUUUAUCAAAUUCUUCUAUAAAUAAGAAAAAUAUGGAACCAAGAUCCAGUUCAAUUUAUACUUUACCAACUAUUAUCUAUAAAGAACUUCAAAGUCCAAUAAAUAAUAAUCAAUCAGAAUCAAGCCAUAAGAAUUUUGAUGAUAUCGAAUUAGGAAUCAUCGAAACCAUAGAUACACGAAAACAAAUAAUUGAUAAUCAUGAUAGUAUUCAAUAUCCAACAUCAACUAUUGAUGAUUAUGAAGUAAAUGAUAUUCAACGACAGUCAAUAUAUUUGUCUUCUCCUUCUGGACAACCACCACCACCGCCACCACCAGUUUUUGCAUUGCCAUAUGUUCAACAAGAAUCGACAUAUCAACCAAAACGAACACUUCAAUUAUCAAAUUUUUUAUUGGAAAUAGGUAUAUUAAUUACAAUUUUUAUUUUAUGCAUGGUACUUGUCUUAGCUAUACGAGAAGAUCAAGUAAAUCUUCGAAUAACAAUGCAGGUUGUUUAUACCUAUAUUUAUCUUGUUUCAAUUGUUUGGAUGAUAUGGUGUACAGUUGAUAUAAUAAAAUUUCGUCAACAAUGGAUGAAAUUAACAUCAUCAGUUCAUGAUCAAGAAGAAUAUAUGGAUAUAGUUGAACGUUAUCCACAUAGAAUAUCAUAUUUUCCUGAUAUGCAUAAUACUAGUGGUUUAUUUAUGAGAAUUGGAGCUGGAUUACUUUGUAUGGGUAGUCUUAUUUUGAAUAUUAUUCAAUUAGCAAAAACAAUUGAAGUAAUACGAACUGGUUCAAGACAAAAUGAAUUACUUUUAAUUAAUUAUUCAAAAUCAGUUUUUUUAAUCAAACUAAUUACUGUUAUAUUUCGUUUUCUUUUUCAUUGUGUGCAAUUUAUGUUUUUAUUUCGAUAUGGAAAUAUUGUUAUUGAUCGUUAUCAUUUAAUGGCAAAAGUUGGUCUUAUUCAUAUAAUUAUUGCUAAUUUCUGCACUUGGUUUGAAGCUAUUGUAAUCGAAACAUUGGAUGAACUACGUAAACAUUCAGUUAGUAUAAAAUCAAUAAAUAUACCGAUGAUUUUCAAUACAACAAAAACAAUUCAAGCAAUAGCUUCAAAAUCAGUUGGUGGAUCUUUCUCCAAUAUUUCACAUAAUACUACAACAAGUACUCUGGAAAUUAUUGAAAAAAUUGAAUCAAGUAUGAGUGUUUAUUUAUAUCCAUGUUUCAUUGAAUAUAGUCUUAUAUGUGUAACUGUAUUUUAUAUCAUGUGGCGUAAUGUUGGCAAAACUGAACAACGAUCAUUUUUACAUUUUGGUGAUCGUCAUAUAUUUACAGUAGAUUGUUCUCGUGCAUCUCGUGGUUUACUUCUUGGUGGUAUUAUUUUUAUAUUAGCUAUAUUAACACUUAUACCAGCUUAUAUUCUUAAUACAAUGUUAACAAUUUUAAUAACACAUAUAACUAAACUUGUUUUACUUGUUGCUUCAUUAUUAAUUGUUUGUAUAUCAUUCUUUUAUACAACAAAACUUUAUUAUGAUCGACAAGCACAUGUUGAUGUAUUUGAUCAAAUAUUAAUUUUAGUAACAACAGUUGGUGAUUUUGCUUAUUCAUUUUUUGGUUUAUUUGCAUCGAUAUUUAUUGAAUCAUAUAGAAUUCAACUUCCAAGAUUUGUUGAAAUAGUUAUAGGUUUAUUAUCUAUUUUACAAACAUAUUUACAAUCGGGUUUUAUUUUGGAUACUUUAAGACGACGAUCAAUUACAAAAAGUGAAAUAAGAAAAAAACCAGGGCGAGAAUUAAUAACUGCUUUGUUAUUAAUUAAUCUCGCUAUAUGGAUGCAUGAUUCAUUAUCAGCAAAUAAAGUUAAACUUAAUCCAAUACAAACUGAAUAUUAUAAUAGUAGAACAUGGUCAUUAGUUCAAGCAUUUACAUCUCCAUUAUCAAUAUUUUAUCGAUUUCAUUCAAGUGUAUGUCUUGCUGAUAUUUGGCAAGAAGUUUAUCAUGAUCAAAGAAAUUAUCAUGGAAAAAAUCAACGAUUUGAAAGACAAAAUAAAUCAGAUCGUUUAACAAAAAUGAAUAAUAUUCAUCAUAAUCAAUAUUAA